AUGAACAGACUCAUCCUAAUGGUAGUCCUUUUGAGUUCCAAUGUGGCCGUUCUAGCCCACCCGCAAGACAAUGUCACUCAACAAGCGCGUCUCGGUCCCGGUUACGGUACUGCAGAGGCUGAGUAUCAAACAUCCGCUACACCCCAGCCUACACAAGGUCUAGCAACCUCUUGGGCCAGAGAGCCAAUGAGCUCCAAGGGUCCUUCCAGCUUGUGGGCUGCUAUUAGCGUCUACCAGUCAGUGAUAUGGGCAUCUGGAGUCGGAACUAGGCCGCAGAAGAACAUGAGUCAUCCUUUUUUCCCCAACACUACUGUUGCCGCUUCCACGUCCAGUACUGCUCGCAUCCCCAGUGCCAGUCCUGGGAAAGUGAACUCUGGAUUGAAUAUAAAAUCAUCUCAAUCUAGCUCAUUGGUCCCCACGCCCACCGAGACUCAACAGAUCAAUUCAACUUUGUUUACUGGUGCAGGAAAACAGGACUUGGGUACAACCGCUCUUUUGGGAGUUGCCGUUCUGUUCUCUUUUGUUUGGUUCCUUUGGCAGUAA